AUGUCCCCGGAGAAGGCGAACACAAAAUUGUGGAGUUCAUUCGCGAGCAGCGCAAGCAAAACGCGUGAGUUCCCGCUGCAGCAGCAGCAGCAGCAGCAGCAGCAGCAGCAGCAGCAGCAGCAGCAGCAGCAGCGGCGGCGGCGGCGGCGGCGGAGGUGGCGGAGCGGUAGCAGCAGCAGCAGUAGUAGUGGCACUGGUAGCAACGGCAGCAGCAGCAGCUGCAGCAGCAGCAGAGCGGUAGCAGCAGCAGCAGUAGUAGUGGCACUGGCAGCAACGGCAGCAGCAGCAGCAGCAGCAGCAGCAGCAGCAGUGGUGGUAGUACUCGCGGCAGCAGUACUCGUGCUGCUGCUGCGGCGGCUGCUGCUCGUACCACUACCCUGCCACUUGUACCCGCCGAAUCUGCGUCACGUGCUGCACGGGGCGGACGCAGAUUUGAUAAUGCUGGGGCUGGCAACUCAUGAAGCUUAUUUUUAUAUUUUGAGAGAAGCAGUAGUGGAAAGGGCCCCCCCUGCUGCUGCUGCUGCUGCUGCUGCAGCAGCAGCAGCAGCAGGAGCGGGGGCAGCAGCAGGGGCAGCAGGCGCGGGAGACGCAGCAGCAGCGGCAGUCGCUGCAGCAGCAGCAGCAGCAGAAAGGCGCAAGCGCGAGCGCGAGCUGACGGGGGAGCAGCAGCAGGAAACGGAAGAGCUGCUGCUGCUGCAGCAGCAGCAGCAGCAGCAGCAGCAGCAAAUCAAAGAGGAAAUUGAACUAAAAGCUGCUUGGAAGCCGCUGCAGCUCAUUCAGCUGCCAGUCCUUCGGGAGUACAUACAGCACGAGCUCUGCGACGGAGGGCGCUACGAGUUGGAGCGAGUGAUAGAUGACUUUAUAUUUCUUUGCUUUCUUUGCGGAAAUGAUUUUCUGCCGCAUUUGCCUCACCAGUCGAUACAGCGCGGCAGCAUCGACGCGCUGCUUGAGGUGUACGUACACCUCAGACCCCACACUCUCAGCAGCUACCUGACGCAUGCGGGCAAAGUCGACCUGCAGCAGCUGCAGCACUUCCUCGCAGCUUUUUCCAAAGUCGAGGAGGAACUCAUCAAACGCGAACUCCUCCGCAAGGACCGCAUGCGGGAGAAAUACCACCAGGACCAGCAGCGGCUGCAGGGGCCUGCGGGGGCCCUCCAGCAGCGGGACAUGCAGCAGCAGCCUCACUGGCAGCAGCAGCAGCAGCAGCAGCAGCAGCAGCAGCAGCAGCGAAGUCAGGGACUGCCUUCAAACGAAGAAGUUGCCCGCCAGCUGAAGCAAACGCUUCUCAACAAAGGGGGCCCUAGGGCCUCUGGCGGGGGCCCUUCUGCUGCAGCAGCAGAAGGUGCAGAUGCAGCAGCAGCAGCAGCAGCAGCAGCAGCAGAUGGUGCCGACGACGCAGAUGGCGCCGACACUGCAGCAGAAAAUGGGGAGGGCUGCGAAGCCUCCCCCUCAGCAGCAGCAGCAGCAGCAGCAGCAGCAGCAGCAAGUGAGGACGCGGCGCGCAGCGGCUCUCGGCGUGCGGCGAAGCGGGCGAAGGGCGACGAGGACGCAGCAGCAGCAGCAGCAGCAGCAGCAGCAGCAGCAGCAGCAGGGUCGAGGAGCCGGCAAGAAGACCUGGAUUUGUUUCGAGCCCGCAUGCAGCAGCUGCUGAGCAGCUCCAGAGAGUUGGGGCUGCAUGCGCUGCUGCAGGAAGGAGCAGCAAGCGGGCUGGGGUGCCGCAGCAGAGAGCAGUGGCGGCUGCUGUACUACCAGGAGAAGUUCCGGCUGGAAGCAGCAGACUCCGUUGCUGCUGCUGCUGCUGCUGCAGCAGACCACUACCUCAAGGGCCUCCAGUGGGUGCUGCUGUACUACUGCCAGGGCUGCAGCAGCUUCGACUGGUUCUUUCCCUUCCACUUCGCGCCCCUCGCCCUGGACCUCUGGCACGCAGCAAAGAGGCGCGUCGCCAAGCUGCAGCAGCAGCAGCAGCAGAAGCAGCAGCAGCAGCAGCAGCAGCAGCAGCAGCAGGGGAAGCAGGAAGGGCGCGGCAAGGCGGAGGACCCGGACACGCAGGCGGAGUGUUACAUGGAAGGAGCGCAGGUACGGUCCGUGCACAGUAGCAGCACCAGCAGCAGCAACAGCAGCAGCAACAGCAGCAGCAGCAGCAGCAGCAACAGCAGCAGCAGCAGCAGCAACAACAACAACAACUAA